AUGCACCAGCAAGCACUGGUAGGCUAUAAGAAGGCACUGGGUCCUGACCAUAUAUCUACCCUCACCACAGUCAACAACCUUGGUCUCCUCUAUCAAAACAAGGGCAAGCUAAAGGAGGCAGAGGAGUUCUACCGCCAAGCACUGGCAGCCUUGGGGAUCUCUAUCGAAACCAGGGUAAGCUGA